AUGGGCGACAACUUCCUCCACCUCGCGCGUCCGCUGGCCCCAGCCGCAGUGAGCAACGCUCCACCGUCCACAGCGCCAGUGACUGUGACCGUGCAGCCACAAGCCAUUUUCAGCAUUCUCGACCACGCAUCGCGGAGACCCGCAGACCAAGAGCGCGUAAUUGGAACAUUGCUGGGAGUGCGCAGCGAAGAUGGCACCGAAGUCGAGAUUCGAAACUGCUAUGCAGUCCCACACACAGAAACCGAUGAGCAAGUGGAAGUAGACAUGGACUACCAGAAGCAAAUGCUCGCGCUGCACCUGAAGGCCAACCCGAAGGAAGUACUCAUAGGAUGGUACGCAACCAGCAGCGAGCUCAACACCUUCUCCGCUCUCAUUCAGAAUUUCUACGGCCAACAAGGAGAUGGCACGUUCCCACACCCAGCAGUCCACUUGACUGUGAGCACAGUUGCUGGCCAAGAUAUCAAGGCAGACACAUACAUCAGUGCACCAAUCGGUGUUACCGCAGAGAGAGCGGCAGACUCAUGUCUCUUCAUCCCAGUUCCACAUGACAUCAAAUACGGCGAAGCAGAAAAGUCAGGAUUGGAAUUGAUUGCAGGCGCACAGGAUCAUGAGGACAGGUCGCAGUUGCUGCAAACCGACAUUGAGACCUUGGAGCGCGCGAUCGAGCAGGUGCUGGAGAUGCUGAACCGGGUAUCAAAUUACGUUAACAACGUGCUGGAUGAGGAGGCAGAACCUUCUUCAGCGCUGGGUCAGUUCCUGAUGAACACACUUUCCCUCGCGCCCAAGGUCGAGGCGGAGGACAUUGAGAAGGACUUCAACAAUCACAUCCAAGACGUGCUCCUCGUUUCGUACCUCGCCAACACUAUCCGCACCCAAAUCGACCUUUCAAACCGCCUCGCAACAGCCACACUCAACCUCGGAGACCCAUCAGGAGAAAAGAAGCAAGAUCGAAAAGCUGGCCAGAGAGGCCAGCGCGAGCAACAGUAG